CUUUUUCAUCCUUGCUCGAUCUGUCAUUUUCUCUCGCCCACUCCAUUGUUCAAAAUGCCCGGUGUCCGUGACACCCGAUGCGCUGCAACAGCUGAAGAGGGGCCUUAAGGCCAUGUUCCGGCGAAAGAAGAAGAAUGCGCAAGAGGCAAAGAAGCCUGAAAAUGCCCCUGUCGCCGAUAAACCUGCGGAUAAACCAGCAGACAAGCCAGCAGAGACCGCUGCCCCCGCUGCUGCGCCGGCGGCUGCUGCUCCAGCGGCGGAAAACAAACCCGCAGAACCAGCUCCUAAUACAAUCGAGCUAGCAGCCCCGGAUACUCCAGCAGCUCCUGUGGACAAGCCAACAGAGGCCGAAGCAAAGCCUGAGAGCUCUGCCACACCAGCUCCAGAAGCAAAGACAGAACCUGCCCCUAGCGAGCCUAAGGCAGAAGCCCCAGCUCAGGAGACCAAGGCAGAGACUCCUGCCCCUGUCCCCGCUCCUGCUGCUGAGGCCCCGGCCGUUGAAGCCCCUGCUGAAGCUCCCGCCGAAGUUCCGGCUGAGACCCCAGCUGCAGCCCCAGCUUCUGAUGCAGCACCUGCUGCUGCUCCGGCAGCAGAGAAGCCUGCUGAGACUGCGGAGCCGGCAAAGGCUGAACCGGCCAAAUAAAUGUGCUUAUUUGACCUUCCUUUACUGCAAUCCAGAAAUUGAUCUUGCCUACGUUAUUUAUCUGCUAUGUCUCGCCACUCCAUUUCAAAGUUGUAUCUCAUACCCGACCAGACCGCUUGUGCUUUCAUCGCUGGCUUCCAGCAUAAUACCCGCUGUGUUUGUUGUUACGUUUAUAUUAGAAUGUUCGCUAAAGACGUGUCUAUCAACUGACAUACGUCAAGUAGCCUAUAUCAAUCACAAUGAG